CAGGCAUCAGCCUGUGGAGAUUUGGGAAUCCGAAUGCUCAUGGAGUUAGGUGACAUCUGGUAGCUAGGUGAAUGGAGACUUUAAAAAUGUCCAUGAUGCUUGAAUGGUGGACUUAGAUCCUGAGCGUGAUAGAGAGGUGCUUAAGUGCCUUAAGGACCAGGGAAUAAAUUCUGAGCAGUGGGAACUGUUGUGUAUCAAGGUUCGUACAGCACUAAGAUCAGCACUAGGACUUAGUGAAAUAGAUACAAGAGUAAUAAAAUGGACAAUUAAACCCAUCUCAUUAGAGCCUUUGUGCUCCCAGUGCUUGUUACUCGCAAUGAAAAAUUUCAGUAUGUAACUCGGAUCCCACAGUGCUGCUGAAUGAGAUUGGUUCAGAUCGUUGAGUAUUUCCCUGCCUGGUGGUUAUGCAGGAACAGGACAGAGCCCUUGGGAUACUCCUUGGAGUUACCUUGGAUUUAUGCAGGUGUCUGUGACAACCUGCCAUAGUCAGGGUGCUUGCACUUGUUUGUGCUUUUAUGAAUGAUGCAGGGAACAGAAUGGGAGGCCCCACAGGGAGCAGAGCAUGGGGCAGAGAGCGUAUUUUAGUGAUCCCUUACUAGUGAAGAGGCAAGGAUAGGGCAGGAGAAUUCUCUCUGCAAGGCACUGAGGAGACACGCCUGAUAUUUCCAAGGAAAAUGCAGUCACGAGAAAGCAGUGUGAUGCUGUGUGAUGAGCAAAGCCCUGCACGGGCUCAGGACCUUGUGGUUCCAGGGUCACAGUCAAACCGCUUCCAUAAGGAAAACUCUUCCAAUGCUUUUGGUCAAGGUUAUGCCCAAGGCAACAAGUGAGUGUACUUGGCUCAUCACUGCUUCAUUGUGUCCAGCUGGCACAGGAGCCCACAGAGCAAUCCAUCACCUGCUGCUGGGGAACGGGCACCCGUGGCCACAGCUCCAACAGAGACCAUCACAAACGUGUGUACAGUGCUCACAUAACUAGGGUGUCCAGCAGAACACCUCAAUAGAGCUGGAAUGAGGGUUUGUUCAAGUGCGUUUAGAAGGAGUUAAUGAGGUUUGGCGUUCAGACCAGCUUAUUCCUAACUCCUGAUUCGCUGCCCUGGGUAAGCUGCUGCUUAUGGUUACUCUUGCUUCGUGGCUGAGCAGCCCUACUCUGCUGAGGAGCAGCCCUGACAGGAGCUUUGGACAGGAGCACUGAGUUUCAAGACCGUCCAAACAUGAGAUGAAGCCAUUGGCAGCUUUGGAGGAGAUGUAAAUGUGUCGGGCAGGGGAUGGAGCUACAGGGCCUUGCUGCUUAUAUGAGCAUUUCCUACUGUAAAUUGCUCAAGGACACCAUUUUAUCUGAUCGCUCCUGAUGCUGCAAAGGACCCCAGCGGUGGCUGCGUCAGGCCCAGUGACAGGCAACGCGAGCAGCCUCUCAUCUGGACAGAGCCCAUCGUCCCCCCAUGGCAACAGAAGAUAAUUUUGCAGCAGCUAAUUAUGAUGCCCCAGUUGCUGUCUACUGUGGGAGCGUCCCAAAAGUCAAACCCAGAUGCAGAGCUCUGCGGGGUGGAAGCAUUGAUUCAAACUUGCAGCUUUGUGGCAGCAGAUGGAUUACUGAAGAAGAAGGGGCCAUCUCUUCCCUGGAGGGCUGGGGCAGCAAGGCUAGUGUGCAGGACUUUGAUGCUGGGGCUGGAGGUGAUUUCUCCCCCCUUCCUCAUCCAGCUUUGACACAUCCCCAGGAAAGGGAGGUGAGCAGUGCUGCUCUGGAAACUACUCGGAUCAAGGACAAGCUAAAGAAGAGGAGGAUGUCAGAGGGCCUGCUGGCCCCACAGAGAGGCCUGACUGACAGCAGUGACCCGAAGGGGGUUGUCCUAAAGCCAGCGAUUUCCAGGUCAGCUUCCCAGAGGCUCCUAGUAACCUCCAAGCCUGUGCCCCCCAUCCAGAACAGCCUUCCUACCCAAGAGCCCGGCUGGAUGAGCAACGGGGAGCAGGAGCUCAGGGAGGAUGGCACAGAUCGUGGCAGCAGCGAAGGCAACCACAAAGAAUUGAUAUCAGAGGCUUCGCUGCAGCCUCUGUACUGUGGUGACGAGGAAGGGAAGAAGUCACUGGGGGUGGCUUUGAUUCCCCCCAUCCCCAAGUCAGUAAGACCAUUCGACGGGGAUCCUGGCAGUACUGAAAUGCCUCUUCCAAGCUUGCAGCAGUUGGUUUCUCAAGAGUCCCUGGAGAUGAGGCCAAGAUCAGGCAGCAGAACAGAAGAGAAGACCUCUGCAUCUCUGGAACUCCGGACUCUGGAACCCAUCUUGCCUAUUCCCCAGCAUCGUGUUGCCUGUAGCAUGAAGUCUGCAGCACAUUUGUGUGAACCUGUGCCCCCCCUGACAGAUCUGCCCCUCGGCCAGGCCAAGGAGAUGGAUCACCUCUUGAGUCCUCGCCUUCUGAAGGAUGAUGACUUGAAGGACAGCAAUGGAAGGAUCCAUAUCACCAUAUCCAAGUCUGCUCAGGAGAAAAUGCGCCAGAAGCAAACAAGAGAGAUGGAGCUUUUGCUCAGAGAGAGGGAGAAAGAGAGGGCAAAGGAGAAGUCGUUGCAGUUCUCCACAUGGAGCGCUGACCUUGGGGGUGCGGCCAGAGAUGACUUUGGCCAGCCUCAUAUCAAUGGGGCAGCCUCCAUCUCCUCCAGCACCAGCAAUGCAUGCAGGUCAAGCAUUGGUACCAUGCUGAGGAAGCGGGUCAACAGGCCCUCCUUGCCCAGCAUCCCCGUCAUCAGCCAGGACACCAGCUUCCCGCGGCACUCCUCAGCAAACUCACUGCCAGCUAUUGCUUUGGGCUGUCUGGAGUGGGGAGAGGAGCCUGAGUGCGGGGACGCCGGAGAGACCAGACCCUUCUCUCACCCAGAGCAGGGGCUGCUCGAUGCACUCGCGUGGCUCAGCAGCAGUGACUGGCAGCUGAAGGGGAAAGGACUCUUCAGCAUCAGACGCUUGGCCAUCUGCCACUCGGAAAUCCUCCUUGGUAGACUUCAUGAUGUUACCUUGGCGGUUACCAAAGAGGUGAACAACCUCCGGUCGAAGGUGUCUCGCUUUGCAAUCAGCACUCUUGGAGAGCUCUUCAGGAUCAUGAAGAAACACAUGGACCAGGAGGUAGAGGAGGUUGCUCGGGCUUUGCUCCGGAAGACUGGGGACUCCAGCGAGUUCAUUCAGAAAGCAGCUGAUCGAUCCCUGGGGAUUAUGGUGGGGAGUGUGACUCCUGCACGAGCAAUGGCUGCUCUUCUGGCUGGUGGGGUCAAUCACCGCAAUGUCCUGGUGCGGAAGUACGCAGCGGAACACCUGCUGACCGUGAUGGAGCAGAUUGGAGCUGAGAAGCUCCUGUCAGGGUCGCGUGACAGUGUUGAGCUGCUCGUUCACAUGCUGGUCAAGCUUGCUCAGGACUGCAAUCAGGAUACAAGGUUUUAUGGACGGAAGAUGCUGAGUAUAUUGAUGAGUCAUCCCAAAUUUGAUGGACAUUUGAAACAAUUCCUCCCCUCACGUGACUUGCAAGUCGUUAUGGCAACAAUUAAGCAGAAAGGGAUAGAAGACCGUAUGUCUGAACCUCCAUCUGCCAAAGGCCGCGGGGAGUCCAGGAACAGUGGUUUGAUGACGUCCCAGGAACACUUGCCUUCUGAUGAAGGGUCCAGCUCUGAUGUCCUCCUCUUACCCCAUCAGACAGUUCGGCGCACAUCGCUUCGCUCUGUGGAAGAGAUUGAACAACUCAAGGAGCUUAACAAGCUCCUGACAGCAAAGGAAUUUCAGACACGGAUGGAAGGAGUCGUUCUCCUCCUAGAUCACUGCAAAAGCAACCCCCAGCUCAUCUCAGCUAAUAUGGUCCAGAUUUUUGAUGUUUUUGUCCCGAGACUUCAGGAUUCCAAUAAGAAAGUGAAGCAGCAGUCACUGGAAGCUCUGGCUUCAGUUAUACCCAUUCUCAGAGACACCUUACACCCAGUGCUGGUCUCUGUCAUAGCAGCAGUCACUGACAACCUGAACUCGAAGCACACAGGGAUUUACACUGCAGCUGUGAAGGUGCUGGAAGCAUCCAUUGCUCACCUAGACAACGUGUUACUGCUGCAAGCGUUGGCCCACCGAGUGCGUUUCCUCAGCGGCCGAGCCAUGCAGGAUGUCACAGAGCAGCUCUCAGUGCUUGUGGCAUCUGUUUAUCCCUGGAAAGCCCACGUGGUCGAGCGCUACGCCCUGCCCGUGCUCUGGUUCUUCCUGAGCAACAUGAUUGGAAAUGGUGUCCUGCCCGGGCGAAGCAGCAAUGUCAGGGCUGCAGUCACCAAGCUUGCCAAGAGUCUCCACCGAGAGAUGGGCUCCAGCCUCAAAGAGCAUGCUGCCAGCCAGCCCCCACACGUGGCAAAACACCUUUGGCAUGUUCUGGACCUGGAUGGUCAGUGAAGAAGGCUUGGUGCCCUCCAUGCAGCUGGCAGAGACCCCGGCAUUGGUUUUACUCUGGUUUUGAAGCACCAGAUUUAUCCUACAGAAUUUAUAGCUACAGACAUACAGUCUAUUUUGAUGUAGGCUAUUGUUUUUUAAAGUAAGUAUUUUUCAAAGCUUGUAUUUCUUGAGCUCCUUUUUCCUACAGAACUUACAUAGACGUGAAAAAAAUAAAAACCCACGUGUAAAUGCAA